AUGUGGUUACUCAUUACUUCUUGUAUUUUAUUUUUAAUUUCAAAUUUAUGUUUGGCAACAAUUCAUAAUAAUCCAAAGAAUAUUAUUUUUCAAAAUGAACAAAUACAACAAUGUAAAACUAUAGGCGAGAAUUGUCAAGUAAAUAGUGAUUGUUGUUCAGAUUUAAUUUGUUAUUCAACUCAAAAAAACAAUCUAUGUUUACCAUCCAUAUUCAAUUCGCCCUCGAAACGUAAUUUGGAAGAUUUUAUCAUUCCACCUUAUUAUAAUCCAAGCAAUCAACUCUAUCCCUAUGGAAUUAGUAAACCCGCAUUGCCAUUCUAUAAAGCACCAAACUCAAAACAGAGUUCUGAAAGAAAAAACAUGGAAUGGGAUCAUUGUCAAUUUCAUGAAGAUUGUGGCGAAGGAAAUUGCUGCUAUGUGCAUUUUCGAUUUCGUAGUUUGCCAAAAUGGUUUUGUCGACCAAAUCGAAAUGAUAUAAAUGAACUAUGUUCACCUCUAACUAGAUAUCGUUCACUCAAAGAUGUACCAGCUUGGAAACAACAACAAGUACAACGAUGA